AAUAAUUGAAAAUAAUGUCAAUAUCCAUACCUAGCAUGAACAUUAUCUUAAAUGGGACUAUGAGCAGCCCAAUAGCUAGCAAUCCAGUAAUGAACAACACAGGUACUACUAAUGUAGUUCCCUACACACAGAAAUCUGGGAGCUCUUUUAUAACCCAGCUAUCGGUGAGAGAUGCUUGGCUGAUAAUAGUGGUCUGACUCUGCUUCUUUUGCCUAUCGCUUUACAUUCUCGCAAGGAUCUGAAGUAUAAACACAAACAGUGAGAGAAGACAUCGGAGUGGGUAUAAGUAUAAAAUAAUUUUCCUCAGCCUUCUCUUCGUCUGUUGCCUGACAAGGAGCCUCGUCAAUGUAGGCAACUUCGUAACCCGAUCAAUGACGUUCCUAGACCUGAACUUGUUGUACUUGCCUUGAUAUUCGAUAUUCAUAUAUUUCUUUGGCAAAUUGACUUCUCAGAAUGAGUGGACAUAUACGCUGGCAAAGUUUUUGAUGCUUCUACUUAACGUGUUUGCAUACUUUUCAUACAUAUUCAUCAAUGUCUACUACAGAGACUCAACUCCGCCGGUAGAUAUGCUUACGAUCUCAACCUUCUUAUGCCUUAUCCUGAUCUCGCUCGUGCAGAUCUGUAUGGUAGUAAUGAUUAACAAGAGAGCUGCUCUGAUUCCAAAAUACACUAAGGAGCGGAAAACCUUCAGGAAUAUUUCCAAGAGAGCUAUUUUCAUCACAAGUCUCAUGGUUUUUCUCUUCUUUCUCAGGUAUAUGCACUACCUGAUCUACCUCUGGGGACUUCUAGACAGACUAUUUCAGUCAAAUGAUUACCGGAUGACUGUUGAAUCAGCAUUCUACUUAGUAGCAGAGUUCAUCCCCAUACAGAUAAUCGUGAUUCUAUUUUCUCACAAGAAAAUUACUGUGUUUACUAAUGAUUUUGGCCCAGAAGAACCGAGGGAAUGGACCCGGAGAAUGUACCAGAAUGAUGAAUAUGGCACAUUCAUCGAUGAGGAGAACACUAACUCAGAGUAUGGCAGUUUCAACCCAAACUUGAGGCAGAAGUUACUGGUCAAUGAAUUCAGAAGACAAUUGUUCUAAAUAAUUCAAUUUUGCUUA